AUGUCUCAUCCAACUAAAUCACACCAACGUUUUCCAUUUCGAGCUACAGUUCAUAUUCGUAAGAAUUUUCGUAAAUUACCCCCAAUUACACAACCAAUUCGUCCAUUGGAAAAAGACAGCCGCGCACCUAGUUCAUCCUUAAGUGCUACCAACAUCGAUUUAAAAUAUGAAUCAUCGUCACCAAUAGGUGUCGACGACUUUUGGAAUAAACUACAUCAGCACAUUGCCAAUCAAACUUCAGAACACAAUGAUGAUCAUGGAAAUCAAAAUGCACCGAAUAAAGUUGUACGAAUAUUUGUUUCAUCGACAUUUACAGAUUUUUUUAACGAACGAGAAGUGCUUAUUAAAAAAGUGUUUCCUGCGUUACGUGAUGAAAUGGAACCAGCAGGUCUUCAAAUAAUCGAUUGUGAUCUUCGUUGGGGUGUUCCAAAAGAUUCAACAACUGAACAAACAAUAUUAACGUGUCUUGAAGAACUUGAUCGCUGCUUUGACGAUAAUGGCCAACCUUUUUUUAUUGGUCUCGUCAGUGAUAAGUACGGUUGGGUUCCAAGGCUCGAUGAAUUACCAACGAAUAUAACAAAACGAUACCAUUGGAUUGAAGGAGCAUCGAUAACAUUGAUGGAAUUUAUUCAUGGCGCGUUGCGUACGCAAAAUCCAAAUGCAUUAUUUUUAAUACGAAACUCAGAAAAUAUUCUUAAAAGCAUUCCAGAUAAAUACACAGAUAGAUUUCAAGAUAAAGAUGAAUACAAUCAAAAUCAAAUACAAGAAUUACGAAAUCAAUUACAUCGAAUUGUUGCUCCCGAACAAAUUGUUCAUUAUGAUUGCCUUUACGAUGGUCUCGAUUCAUCUAGUGGACGUGAACGUGUCAAAAUUGAUGGUUUAAACGACUUUGAAGAGCAAACGAAAAAAUUUUUAAUUGAAGCUAUUAAAAAAUGGUAUCCAAGUAAUUUUAAUAACACUAAUCGAUCGGAUCCAGAACAACAACAAAUUAACACAUUUCUUCUUAAUAAAACUCAAAUUUUUGUUGAUCGACCUAAAGAAUUCGCAUCUUUACUCAAAUACAUCACUGGAGAUCACAAAGAUUUUUCAUUAAUCGAUGGAGAACCUUCAAAUAAGAAAAAUGCUCAACCUUUAAUGGCUUUAACAGGUCGAUCAGGUGAUGGAAAAACAAUGCUACUUGGGAAAUUCGUGUUAACCAUCGAAGAGACACAGCAAAGCAAAUUUUUGCUGUUUUAUUACUUUUUCGAUGGCGCAUUUCAUGCUCAAGCUAGUCAUUUUAUGUUGACUAGUUUAAAACAAAAAUUAGAUAAAUAUCUCGCCGACAAUAACAUCAUUUCUCCGCGAACAAAUGAGCGACUUAAAAUAACCGAUGACUCGUUUUUACCAGAUGCUAUUGAACUUUUAUCGAUUCCACUUUUUAUUGUUGUUGAUGGAUUAGAUAAAGUAAAUAUGCACGCCGAUCUCAUCUAUUAA